GUAUGAAAUCGUAUGACACCUCACUGGCGGGCCACAGAGUCCCUCUCCAGCACCACCAUGAUAAACACCUACCAGACAAGCGCGUUUCCACCCCAGCCACCGCCGCGGCACACCAGCCUGCCAGCCGAACACCUGGCACCCAGACGGGGCCCCACCAGGGCUGUGGUCCGGGUGUUAGGGCUGGUCGUGGUGCUCCACCUGCUCCUGUCUUGUGGAGGAUUCUACUAUUUGUACACUGGCAGAAUGAUCUCUCCACUUGAUUCUGCGAAACCCAAUGAGGAGGGCAAAAUUUCCGCUCAAACUUCCGAGCGGCGCUCAGAGAAAGCGUCCCCCAAGGUCAUGGCGGGCAUGACAGUCAAGAGACCGAGCGAUGCUAUGAGCACACCUUCGCGUAGUGGUGGUGUGCAAUACCUGCAGUGGAACAUGGAUCACUCCAUUCUGAAGAACGUAGGCUACUACUGGGCCAGCUGGCUGAAGGUGCAGCAGCCCGGAGACUACUACGUCUACGCCCGGGUCAGCUUCUCCAGGGGAGGCAAGCCGGGCAUGCCCCUGGUCAGCAUGGUCAGACGGAAGCACAACGAGACGGGCAAGCCCCAUGACGUGAUGAAGGCAUAUUGCAGCCUGGGGAACCACAACACGGGCCAGUGCACGGCCUCACAGGGGCAGGUACUGAGCCUGCAGGUGGGGAACCUGCUGGCCGUGUGGGUGGAGAACCACAAAUGGGUAGACUACGAGAGAGGAGCCACCACGUUUGGAAUGUUUAAGCUGUAGGAGGACGCCUCCUAGCGCUUUGUAACGUCCGGUCUGUGGUGUCCAAUAGGAGGGGACAUCAACUAUUUAUAAAGACGUGAUGAAUGCAAUUUUAUGGCUAAGCAAUGUAGGAGCUUCUUGCUCUUUUUUUUAAUGGAUACCUAAUACCAGAUGAUGUAUAUUUUAAUUUAUUUAUAAGAAGUGCUUUUCAUUUUAUGAGAAAGGAUGUUUAUUUUAUUUUAUUAUAUUUAUAAAUGUGUGUUUGAUCUAAAAGCCCAGUCGUUGUUUUUCUUUAAACAUGUGAAAACCGAAUUAAAAUACAGUGACAAACAGUCAUAGUCAACUGAAGUUGGCUCACUAAACACAGAUUACAAACCAAUAUGGAUAAAUGCCCCCAUGCAAGUUUUCUCUGGGGCAGAGCACAUUUUAAAAUAAGCGUUGUAAGACACUUGAGACAUGUGAAUAGAAUUGAUACUUAAUUGUCCAUGGUCUCAUUCCAGUAUUACUAAUCUCCUCAGUUUACCUUCAGUUUCAAUAUGCAGACCUUACACCCUCAAAAAGCUAUUUCAUCUACAAAAAGUCCUUUGUCAACUUUACUAAAACAAUUAAUUGUAAGACGUUAAUAAAUAGUGGAAGGCUCAAACCCGUCUAAAACUGCAGAAGCCUCUUUCUCUAGCGAGGGGGUAGCGGUGUAGAAGUGAUGCAUGCACAGGAAGUCCUGAGCUGUAGUCGGCUCAGCUACCUACUCUUUGUGUGACUAGCGAGCUGUGAUGGGUUUUCAAUUGAACAUGCACGUCGCUUACUACGGCUACACUGAUCCCUUUAUGUAUAAUCUAAGAGACACAAUCCAUAGGAUUCAUUUGCUUUUCUUUGUAAUUUGUUUUAUUAAAAGAAUGGCCAUAAUGACACAUGAUGUAGGGUAGAGAGUCUACAAAAAAAGCAUUACAAUACUGGUAACAAUAGGAUUUGCAUAGAACAAUUUUCUUUUCAAAAUAGCCCAAAGCUCUACUGGACACGUGGGGGUUCUUGAUAAACAAUGUGGACGUACUUGACCCCCCCCCACAAACUCCUCUGUUCCACUAAGUGCUCACUGAGGUUACUUUGACCUUAAACACAACAGCAAAGGAGAACGCAUAGGUCAGUGAAAAAAGUUGAGAUGGUAUAAGGAGCUUUAUGCAUUACGACACUUACAGACCGCUUUACAGGCGAAACAAUGUGGAAAACCGUGUCUGGAACACGUCAGAACAUGUCAGAACAAAAUGGUUCUGUUCAUUCUGUUUAAGCAUCUUCUAAUGACUUUCAACGACCAAAUCGUUGUGGAACGGGUGUAAUCAUAAACUGGUUGGACCAACAAUUCAGUCUAGCCUCGGGAGGCUGGGAUACAAAUGCUUCAACUGUCAAUUCCCACUUUUGUUUAUUUACAUCUGGUCAACAUGGCUAUAGAGAAAACAGCAGUCGGCCAAUAAAAACGCCUUACUCUAGUUGACGGUGUACCAAACCCCUCCCCCCUGCCCACAAAAUAAUAAAAAACCUUGGAGGGCAGUUGUAGAUCAACGGUGUCACAGGGCAAACAUCAACCAUAGCUGGAAUUCUACUUGUCAAAAGCAAAGUACACAGUAAGCCUGAGUGCAAACCGAAGUAUUUCCACUUGAAAUCAUUCUCAGAACCACCAGCGCAUUUAGAACAUAAACCACACUUUGACGGUUGUUUUUUUUUGCUUCAACUUUUCAGUAUACCGACGGCUUCACAAGGCACUUAAAACUGUUCUCUGCGGUAUUACGUGCACGAAGCCCCCACACUCUCACACAUCUCCAAAUCCUCCCUCGGGUUUGUUUGCAAUUUGUUUGCAGAUUUAUAUAUACAUAUAACUCUGAAAAUAAACCCUACAUCGGUAAGAAAGAAAAGAAGGAGAUGCCAAUAUUGUAACUCAAACUCUUGUGGUAGAUAAUUUCCUAUUGACCAAAAUUAAAUUUUUUCUGCCUAUAAAAACAGGUUCGGUAGAACUCCAGACAGGUGCAAAGGUAGCAAACUGCAUUUUUUUUUUUACUUAACAUAAUUAGAUGUUUAGAAUAUACAAUAAAUACAUAUUUAAAAAAACAACCCAUUAGUUAAUAUUUAAAUGCUACUUUUAUACAUUUUUAGUCUGAAAAGUAGUUGACAUCCUUAUUAUUAUCAUUAUUGGUAUUUUAUACUGUAUAUAACAGACACUUCCGGAUAUAUACUAUUUUGUUAUGAGCCUGCAUCCCUGAUAGUCGUAGUCAUUUCAAUAUUUUGAUUAUCAAAGUUCUAAUGCAGUACUGUCGUACUGUAGAAACACUGUACAUCAUGCGAUAUACAGACACAGUCACGGAUGCAUUAAGAAACUACAGCAAAGGUCAGAGAUCCAAAACAUCGGGCCUCCGUUUGAUAGCCAAGAGGUCAAAGCUUGUACCAAACUAAGUGAUGGGAUUAUUAAGUCUUAUUAAGUCAAGCUUGUAAUAAUAACACAUGACGGAUGUGGCUAGAACAGAGAUGGUAGGGGGGGGGGGGGGGAGGAACUAGCCGUCAACCUCCAUCCGUUCAUGAAGGAAAGAGCAGCACGGCGAGUGCUCAGCCAGGCCUCCACCGAGGUUUCUCCUAGAUUUCGCUUUCACUGCCGAUUUGAAGCGUGUAGCUGCUGGUGGCGACGGUCCUGAAAAGAGCAUUGGUUCACGACCCCCCCC